CAAGUGUCGCAUUUGGAAAACAACUCUACCAAAAUAGCUCUUUGUAUGCAUUUACUACGCUUGAUUCAUCUUCAAUGAGAUACCUUGGCAUCUUUGCUAAGCUUCAAUCUUUGAUCACCGACACUCUUUAAGUUAAAGAAACCAUUAUUAUAAGCCCGCAGCAAAGCAAAAGGAAGGAAAUGUAACAAAGGAAAGAAGGAAGAGAGGAAGGGGAAGAAAAAGGGUAACUGUGCUUUUCUGUCAGCAGUGCAGAGAAACAAAAAAGAGUGUGGCAACUGGGGAAGGGAAUUGGAGACUGGAAAUGAAGACCGGGAGGUGGUUCGCGGUGGCUUUGGUGAUGCUGCUAGUUUUGUUACUAGGGGACUGCAUUAUUGCAGAAGAUCCAUACAGAUUCUUUACAUGGAAUGUAACAUAUGGUGAUAUUUAUCCUCUAGGUGUCAAGCAACAGGGUAUACUGAUAAAUGGGCAGUUUCCAGGGCCAGCAAUUGAGUCAGUGACCAAUGACAACUUGAUAAUCAAUGUCUUCAACAAUCUGGAUGAACCCUUUCUCAUUUCUUGGAAUGGUUUAGAGCAGAGGAGGAAUUCAUGGCAAGAUGGAGUCUGGGGCACAAAUUGUCCCAUUCCACCAGGCAAGAAUUACACUUAUGCUCUGCAAGUCAAGGAUCAGAUUGGUAGCUACUUCUACUUUCCCUCCCUUGCUUUCCACAAGGCUGCAGGAGGAUUUGGUGGCAUCAAAAUCGCCAGCCGUUCUGUAAUCCCCCUUCCUUUUGCUCCCCCUGCUGGAGACUACACUAUACUUGCAGGAGAUUGGUUCAACCAAAGCCACAAUGAUUUGAAAGCCAUUCUGGAUAGUGGCCAUAAUCUUCCCUUUCCUAAUGGGCUUCUCAUCAAUGGACGUGGUACUAAUGGUUAUGUGUUCACAGUGGAACAUGGGAAGACCUACAGGUUUAGGAUAUCCAAUGUUGGACUUACUACUUCCAUAAACUUCAGAAUCCAGGGGCACAAAAUGGUUCUAGUUGAGGUAGAAGGCACUCAUACAUUGCAAAAUACUUAUGAUUCCCUUGAUAUUCAUCUUGGCCAGUCUUACUCUGUGCUGGUCACAGCUGAUCAGCCUAUACAAGAUUACUACAUUGCUGCCUCAACGCGUUUCACACCCCAAGUGCUCACAGCUACAUCUGUCCUUCGGUACAGCAACUCGCAGAGAAGUGUUUCUGGUCCUCCUCCUGGUGGACCAACAAUUGAGGUGAACUGGUCUUUAAAUCAGGCCAGAUCACUGAGGCGGAACUUAACAGCUAGCGGACCAAGACCAAAUCCCCAGGGCUCUUACCACUAUGGAUUGAUCAACACAACGCGUACAAUCAGACUUGCAAACUCUGCCCCAAUCAUCAAUGGGAAACAGAGAUAUGCCGUUAAUAGUGUCUCCUUCAUUCCAGCAGACACACCGGUUAAACUAGCUGACUAUUUCAACAUUCCAGGGGUCUUCGGCCAGAGCAAUAUCCCUCAGAACCCCACUGGAGGUGGUGCUUAUCUCCAGACAUCCGUGAUGGCUGCUGAAUACCGCGGUUAUGCUGAGAUUGUAUUUGAGAAUUCUGAAGACACUCUUCAGUCUUGGCAUAUUGAUGGCCAUCACUUCUUUGUUGUGGGGAUGGACGGAGGGGAGUGGACGCCUGCAAGCAGAUUUGUUUACAACCUUAGAGACACGGUAUCUCGGUCCACUGUUCAGGUAUAUCCCAAAUCUUGGACUGCAGUUUACAUGCCUCUGGACAAUGCAGGAAUGUGGAAUGUAAGAUCUCAAGACUGGGCUCGUCAGUACUUGGGACAACAAUUCUACCUUCGAAUAUUUUCUCCUGCAAAUUCUUGGAGAGACGAAAAUCCAAUCCCAACUAAUGCUCUCCUUUGUGGUCGGGCAGUAGGCCAUAAAGCUUAGCAAUUAGCACGCACAAAGGGAUUAUUUUGGUUAAUUUUUCUAAAGGAUUAGUUUCAUGGUUUGCCUUUAUCACACCUCUUUCUGCAGAACAUAUUUGUGAAGCUCCACUUGAGCUUCCCU